GACGUGAGUAUGAGUCUACACAUCUCGUUGACUUUGUUUUAUAACACUCCAUAACCACUUUCUUCCCACUAUCCCCAGCAUAACUGGAACAAACAUAUAUAAAUUAACAAUACACACAUAUAUCUUUGUAUCUAUUUUGUUCCCUCCUCUCAUCAUCCCUUAUAUAUACAUACAUGCCUAACAACACCUCUUAACUGAUACAGCUUCAUUUGCGUGAUCUGCACCAGCAGCAGCAGCUAUGUCUCCUAGCAAUUCAAGCUCAAAUGAACAGAAUGGCAUUUCUCCUCCACAGGAGAAUGGUGUUGUUGAUGCUCUCUCUCUGUUGAACUCUGAGAAAUCAGUACAUGAACUAGCUAUGCAACCGAUCGUUCAAGGGACUGAUGAUCAUCUUGUGGAGUUUUCUGAGGCUUUGAGAACUGUCGCAAAGGCAUUAAGACAAGUUGCUGAAGGGAAGGCUUCUGCUCAAAUUGAAGCUGCUGAAUGGAAGCGCAAAUACGAACUAGAGAGGGCACGGAAUAAGCAGCUGGAGCAUAAAGUACAACUACCUGUGUUAUCAAAUGAAGCUGAGGAGAAAUUUGAAACGUGUUGUGGGGAGAAUGGAAUUUGCUCUCACGAAGUUCUUCUGGAUGGAGAGCAUGGCAAUAGUUCGAAUGCAGGGAAAUGUAAACUUUCAAAAAAGGCAUCAUUUAAACUAUCAUGGUUUUGUAAAGGUGAAAAGAGUGAUCAACAUAAACAUGACAUCGUCUCCUUUGAAAAGGGAAAUAUAACAACUGCAGAGCGUAGCAGCAAGCAGAUUUCGUUAAGAUGGGAAUCACCUCCACAGACUGUGCUUAUUAUGAGCAAGCCAGAUUCAACAACAGUGCGCAUUCUCUGUGCAGAUAUGGUCAGAUGGUUGAAAGAGCAGCAGAAGUUGAACAUUUUUGUAGAACCGAGAGUGAAGUCUGAACUUCUGACCGAGUCAUCGUUCUACAAUUUUGUUCAAACCUGGGAAGAUGAUGAGGAGAUAUCACUGCUUCACAUGAAAGUUGACCUCAUUGUGACUCUUGGUGGGGAUGGAACUGUUCUUUGGGCUGCAAGAAAAUUUAAAGGGCCAGUGCCUCCAAUUGUUCCUUUCUCUUUAGGCUCUCUGGGUUUCAUGACACCAUUUUAUAGUGAGCAUUAUAGAGAAUACCUUACCUCAAUUCUUCAUGGUCCCAUUAGUAUCACACUGCGCCACCGUUUACAGUGCCAUGUGAUUCGAGAUGCAGCUAAAAGUGAGCAUGAGACAGAAGAACCUGUACUUGUAUUGAAUGAGGUUACAAUUGACCGAGGAAUAUCAUCAUUCCUCACGAAUCUGGAAUGCUACUGUGACAACACUUUCGUAACCUGCGUUCAGGGGGAUGGUUUGAUCUUAUCAACAACAUCUGGGAGCACUGCAUAUUCCCUAGCUGCUGGAGGGUCAAUGGUCCAUCCACAGGUCCCUGGAAUAUUGUUUACCCCAAUUUGCCCACACUCCUUGUCUUUUAGGCCUCUGAUAUUUCCUGAGCACGUCACGCUAAGGGUACAGGUUCCCUUUAAUAGCAGAGGCAGUGCUUGGGCAUCAUUCGAUGGAAAGGACAGAAAACAGUUGGGACCAGGUGAUGCACUUGUAUGUAGCAUGGCUCCUUGGCCUGUCCCUACUGCUUGCCGAGAGGAUUCUACUAGUGACUUCUUGCACAGCAUCCAUGAAGGGCUUCACUGGAAUUUAAGGAAGACACAGUUGAGCGAUGGUCCUCGGGAUACAUAGAUAUGUUUUCUUUCUCAGCAAAUUAAGCCUAUACAGGAUUGGUCAAUAGGGGCAAACAUCUUGGUGCUUCAUUCAUGUUCUUGUGUGAGGGACAGCAGCGCAAGUUCAUCUUUUCAUUCUUGCCGCUUUUUACAAGAUCAUGUAUUCAUGUGUAAUUGGGUACUGAGUUAUCCCUUUGAUCAUCAAGUUAUAUAUUAGUAUUUCAUAGAGAUCAAUAUAUGUUUCUGUAGGAAAAUCUUACAAUAGAUAGGUUUUUCAUUUUAUACAAGAGAGACUCACCAUUACUCUCA